GAAAAAGACAACAAUUAGUUACUAGUAAACUUUAAUUUAAUUUGAAAAUACAAAAUAAAUAAAUAGUUUAAUUUAAUUAACAAGUUUUCAAUAGAAUAUUUAAGUACAAUGGAAAGUCCUGAGCAAGAGGUAACGGCAGAUUCUUUGAAGGAACUAGGAAAUCAGGCAGUUAAAGAAAACAAAUUCGAGGAGGCAGCCCUUCAGUAUACUUACGCAAUAAAAUUAGAUCCUCAAAACUUUACAUUGUACAGUAAUAGGUCUUUUGCUUAUCUCAAAUUGAAGCAUUAUUAUUUGGCUUUAAAUGAUGCUAAGGAAACUAUUGCAUUGAAUCCUGUAUGGGCAAAGGGUUAUUUUAGAAAAGGUGAAGUUGAAUAUGCAACAAGUCACUACAGUGCAGCUUACGAUUCCUACAAAAAUGCAUUUAAAUAUAAACCCGACGACAGUAACAUAAUAGAUGCCUUAAGUAAAUCCGCAAAGCAAUUGUUAAAACAAAGAACCAUAGAAAAGCAAAUCCCGUGGGUUGGAGCUGGUAUGGGAAUUAUUAUCGGUGUCACUAUGUUGGUAGCAGACUUUAUGACCACAAAAAAUCCUACUCAUCCACUUUUAAUGGCCUUUAUAACAAUAGCUAUAUCAUUAAUUGGAUAUGCAAUUGCUAGAGGCUAUAGAACCUAUAUGAGACAUCAGAGAAAAGCCUUGCUUGAGCCGCCUCCUGAUCUAGAAGACAAAAGCAAUAAGGAAGAAGAAGAAAAAGAAGAAAUAAAAAGAACUCCAAGAUAUACUAAGUCGCAAGCAAGACUGAGAUAUAAAAAAGGCAAAGCAUAGAAUUUAUUUUGGUUUACUUGAUAAUUAUUUAGAGUUAUGGACCAGGUUUCAGUUUUGGUUAGGUAUUUUUCAUUUAAGGAAUUUACAUAGACUGUUAAAUAUUUCCUUUUUGCAUUCCAUAAGCAUAAGUAACUGAUUUUAAUAUGGACCAUAUCUAUAUCUUCCUUUUUUGACCAAGUUUUCCAUUAUUUUGAUUCAAUAGUCAAUAGACAAUUAUAGUUUUCAAUUUUCAAUGAUUUGCACUUUUUAUUAAUCUUAAGUGAUAUAAGUAAUUUGUUUAAUCUAGUCAAGAAUUUUUUAAAAAUCUUAGGUUCUAAAAAUCAUAGGUAGGUACUUGUUUUAAUUAUUGUAUUAAAAAUAUGAAAAUUCCAUUUAAUAAUGAUGUUUUUUUUAACCGUUGUAGUUUAGGAAUAAUCAUAAAUAUCGCUUGUCGUUAAAAUUAUAGUUGAAGCCGUUUGAAUUCUAAAUUGAAUUUUUCCACAACAAGCUGCUAUCAAUGAGCCCAAUCAGUCACUUGCAAUAAGUACCAAGAAUCAAUACUUUGUCUCCAUUGUGAUAUUCUCGAUACUCUGAUUUUUGAACCAGAUUAUCUUUAUUUCUAGUGAAGUAUAUUUUCAAAUGAUGUUUUUUUAACUCUGAGCUAUGCCACUAUCUUUGACUGUCUUUGUAUAAACGCAAAUGUCUUGAUUAACGAGAUUCGAGAAAGAAAGUUAGUGAGCCUCUAGCAUUCAGACGAUGUACCAAUAGGCUAACAGUAGACGAAAGGAAGGAAGAAUCAAUUAUAUUGUGGAACAAAUUAAACAAGAACCUAAUCAAUAUUAUCUUUCGACUAAUAAAUAAAAAUGACUCGUCAAAACGAGCGAGCAAUAGACUGUUGUCCCAUUCUCUCUCCAAAUACACCUCGUCCUACUUAAAACAAGAUUUUUCAGGAACCUACGUUCGUUGAAGCGACCCAACCGAAUUCAUAUGACAAGCGUAGAUAGGGUUCUUACUUCUAAAUGAUGUUAUCAAAUAUUAGUUCAAGGUCCGCUAUCUCAUCAAGUCGGUCUAGGGAUGCCACCUUGAAAAGUAAGUUGAACCAGAAAAAAAAAAUCCUUAUUGAAAAAAAAAAAAAAAAACUGAAAAAGAAAGUCCUACAAAUCUGAUAACAGAUGCAUUAAGUACACUCUAUCUAUACACAAGUCUCCACUGGCAUCACCGGAUGAUGCUUCAGGGUUGAGAGAUC